AUGACAACAUAUGAAUAUAAGGUUGUUAUGAUCGGUUCUGUUUCAGUUGGAAAGACAGCAAUUGCCAACCGCCUCCAGUUUAAGCGUUUUGAUGAAGAAUAUCAGCCAACUGUUGGUGCUGGAUACAUUCCAUACAGAACCACUUAUGAUGGUAAGGAUAUUGAGCUCCAAAUUUGGGACACAGCAGGUAUGGAGCGUUACAAAUCACUUGGAUCUAUUUACUACCGCGACGCAAACGCCGCAAUCAUUGUUUAUGAUCAAACAUCAAAUGAGUCUGCGGAAUCUUUAGAAUCAUGGUUGGAGAAUUUCCGCCAGACAGUCAAGACACCAUGCUACAUUGCUAUCGCUGGAAAUAAAGAAGAUCUCCCGAACAAAGUUGUUCCACCAGAGAAAAUCAAAGAUUGGGCAUCACAAAACGGAUUUGACUUCUAUAUUACUUCAGCCAAAGAUGGAACAGGCGUAAAUGAAAUGUUUAAUGCAAUGGUCAAAUAUUUAGUUAAAUCAAACAAAGAAGAAGCAACAAAGGGACCUGCUCUCAGAAAGACUAAGAAGUCAGGUGGCUGCUGCUAA